AUGUCCGGCGGAGCAGACGCAACCCUCUUUGAGGACCGGUUCCAGGUCACCGACUACGACCAGUCCAAGUACGACCGGGUCGCGCGCAUCCAGUGCAUCUCGGCCGACAACCAGACCGAGAUGACCCUCGACAUCAACAUCGAGCUGUUCCCCUGCGCCGUCGGCGACACCCUGCUCGUCGUCAUGGCCACCACCCUCAACCACGACGGCACCAAGGACGACGACAAGGGCUGGCGCGACACCAGCAAGCUGCCCGACGCCCCCUCCACCAUCGCCGACGCCUACGACUACGUGUGCUACGGCAAGAUCUACAAGUUCGAGGAGACCUUUGACGGAGAGAAGAUCAACGCCUACAUGUCCUACGGAGGCCUUCUCAUGUCACUCAGCGGCCCAAUUAAGAAGCUCACACCUCUGCGAGUCGACUACGUCUACCUCAUUGUUAAGAAAUAG